AUGAACAGAUUUAGACUGGAUGCAAAGGUGGUGACGGAUUUGGCCCUUUUUGUUGGAACGAGUCUGUCCAUAUAUUAUUUAAUUAGCACGCUUUUGGGAGACGGUGCUCCCCACUCGCUGAAAUCCAAAGAAUCAAAGAAGAAAGCAAAGGCUUCAUUAGAACGGUUAAAGGCACUAAAUCCCGAUCUGAAUCUGGAUUUAAAUGAUUACGAAAAAGUAGUACUCUCCUCAGUAAUAACUCCAUCAGAAAUAAAUGUGGGGUUUGACGAUAUUGGUGGAUUGGAACCUAUUAUUGACGAUUUACGAGAGAGUGUUUUGGUUCCGUUGAACCAUCCAGAGUUGUUCAAUCAAUAUUCGCAGUUGCUUCAGGCUCCUAAGGGGGUAUUAUUAUAUGGUCCACCUGGCUGCGGAAAAACAAUGUUAGCUAAAGCUUUGGCUUCAGAAAGUGGUGCCAAUUUUAUAUCGAUUAGGAUGUCUUCUGUUAUGGAUAAAUGGUACGGGGAAUCUAACAAGCUUGUGGAUGCAAUAUUCUCGUUGGCUAACAAAUUGCAGCCAUGUAUUAUUUUCAUCGAUGAGAUCGACUCUUUUUUGAGAGAAAGACAAGCUAUGGAUCAUGAAAUUACAGCCACUUUGAAGGCAGAGUUUAUGACCCUUUGGGAUGGGUUAACCUCCACGGGCAGGAUCCUUGUACUGGGGGCUACCAACAGACCAAAUGAUAUUGACAGCGCAUUUAUGAGGCGAAUGCCUAAAAGGUUUUCCGUUAACCUUCCCGAUACAGAGCAACGAUUCAAGAUUCUCAACGUAUUACUUAAAGACGUCGCCUACGAUUUUGAUUUAAUAGACUUGGCAGUGAAAACGGCAGGUGCCAGCGGGUCUGAUUUGAAGGAGAUGUGUCGAAAUGCUGCUGUCAAUGCGACGAGACAAUACAUCCGCAAGAAUAUGGGAGCAUCAGGGAAAAUGAAGACCACGGAAAAGAUUAAGCUGCGUCCUUUGAAUCUGGGGGACUUUCUAACUACUAUUUCACCCAGCGACCCUGUUCACAGGAAUGUCAUACCUGCAGCCCCCAAUGUGGACUGA